AUGAGUGUCAAAUUUCUGAUCGACCGCGACCUCAGUCAACCACCUCCCGCGUCACCCCAUCGCUCACCUCCGCUUCCCCCUAUUAGGCGCGCUACGUCACAGACUCCGUUGCCCGAGGAAAGUCCAGUCAAGAAACCCCCAAAAUGGAGUCAAGAGGAGGACAAUCUAAUCAUCGAGCUCCGAGGCACAGACAUGAAAUGGGAGGACAUCGCAAAGCAUUUUCCAGGACGAUCAGCCAUCGCAUGCCGACUACGAUACCAAAACUACCUCGAAAAGUGCGUAGUCUGGGACGAAGAGAAGAAAAACAAGUUGGCGAGACUCUAUGCUCAAUUCAAAGACGAGAUGUGGCAAAAAGUGGCCUCGGAGAUGCAGAUUCCUCGGAGAUCCGCCGAGAGCACGCACUGGCAUCUGGGUGAGCAAGAAAUGAGCGCCCGCGCCAACGCUCCCGUCUUCCUGCUCCAUCCUUCUCCUCCUACUGGCCAUCCCGCAACACCGUACUUCACGCCCACAAAGAUUCCGCAGACGCCAACCCCUGGUCCGGGCCAACACCACCAUCCGCAUCCAUCACACCCCCAGUCGCAUCCGCAACCACCUCAUCUCCAGCACCAACGCUCCGACAGCUGUCCAGCGCCCCGCUCGCGCCGCAAUAGCUCCUUGAGCCGUCGCAGCUCCGACGGCUCGAGGUCGGGGUCCAGCCUGCCGCCACAAUCAAGCCCACAGCUACCAGCGCUGCAACCGGUAUCCGAGAGUGACCAGGCGAAGAGCAUGGAGUUUGUGGAGUCGUACCUUAGGAAGAGGAGGAGGAUUGAGAUAAUAGUGGGACGUGGAUGUCACGAAAGAGGAGGAGGUGGACGCGAGGAAGGAGUGAUGUGAGGGUUGGCUGGCUGGGUUCGGGAGUGGUUUGACUUGUGGUCUCGGGUGGAUGUCAUGACCUAGGACUUUCGAUCCAGGCUGGUGUCUAACCUUCGAAUUUAUGCCAUGUUGGCGGCGAACCCUCCGCUGAGACGGGCUAUAUAUACACACGCAAAAAAAUACAG